AUGGCACCUAACCCCUCUCGUGGUCUUGCGGACACCUACGUACUCAAUCGCGAUUACAAAGCUGCUUCUCGUCUGAACUACGCCCAGUACCUCUGGCACGAGAGCCUCGGAUUUGAUCUCCAUCCUGCUAUAACGUCCCAUCUAGCUCCGCCCAUCGCCACUUCAUCAACGACAAACACCAGUACCAACAUAUCACAGCGUGAAAUGCGGAUAGCAGACAUCGCCUGCGGGACUGCCGCUUGGCUCCGUAGCGUGAGUCAUGAUUUUCCUCACGCAACCUUGGAUGGAUUCGACGUCAGCCUCGCGCAAUGUCCACCAGCAGAGUGGCUGCCCAAAAAUAUUCACUUGCGAGAAUGGAACCUUUUCGACGAGCCUGGGCAAGAUAUGCUUGGGCGCUACGAUGUGGUGCACGUGAGGCUUAUAUUUACAAUUGUGCGCGAUGAAGAGGACGCAAGGCGGAUUGUCGCAAACUUAAUGAGGCUUCUCAAGCCAGAGGGACGGCUACAAUGGGACGAGUUGGACGUGCAAGGGACGUUUCUUAUGAAAGCACAAGAGAGUAGGGAGGCACCGGUGAUGCAGGGUUGGGUAGCGAAACUGAAAGGGGUGGGAAUGUGGGUACGGAUGUUGACAGAGGUGAUGGGGGAGAUGGGCUUGGAGGAUGCUGAGGUAAUGCAAGUCCCGGAAAGGACCGAUCUAGCAAGACAGCUCUUCGACGUGAAUCUAGGUAGGGAUGAGGAAGAGGCGGUGGGUAGAUUGAAAGGUACCGAGCAGGGGGAAAGAAUGUUGAGGAGAGUGAGAGAGAUGGAGGAGGAAUCUGCGGGUGGAGUUGUAAUCUGCACACCGAAGGUGAUCUGCACGGCUCGAAAGCCCAGCGAGAGGCAAUUGGUUGGGAACACUUUGACUGGAAACAUGAAGAAUAUUCGCAUUAUCGUUACUUGUGUUGCGCUGUUCCAGUCAACUUUCGCUCUUGGAAACGCUCCUGAACUACCGACCAUCGUCAUCGUUCCUGGGGCAUGGCAUUCCCCUGAACAUUAUUUCAAACUACGAGAUGUUCUCCAUCGUGCCGACUAUGAUACAGUCUCCAAACGCAAUCCAAGCUGUAACUCGGUGAGCCCCAACGACCAGUCCGCUGCCAAAGACGCAGCUUUCAUCAGGAACGAAGUGAUUCUCCCCCUUCUAGAUUCUGGGAAGACGGUGGUUCUCGCCUCGCACUCAUAUGGUGGGCUUCCCGGAGCUGCAGCAGCGAGAGGACUCAGCGUUGCGGAACGGAGAGCAACAAGACAGCCAGGCGGCGUUAUUGGGUUGCUCUUCUUCUCUGCGCUUGUCGCUCAAGACGGGAAGUCGCUUUUAAGCCUACUUCCAAACCAGCAAUUUGACACAUGGGUCAUAGAAAGGGCAAGUAUAAUUCAAGGAACCACAAAGUCUACAUUUCUUGCCGCUAAUUUCGUCGUAUCGCAGGAAAACGGCCAGCUGGAUGUCGCAAACGCGAGAAAUGUCUUUUACAACCUCGUCCCUGCAGCUCUCGCCCAAUUUGCGGUCAAUCUGAUCAGACCUCAAUCAAGAGCGUCGCUGUCCACUCCCGCUGGAAUCCCAGCUUGGCAAGACCCCGUAUUUGAAGGCCGGCGCGCGUACUGGAUGUCCACCAAAGAUCAAGCUAUUCCGCAAAUCGCUCAAGAAAGCUUUCUACAGAACAGCGGAGUUGCAUGGGACAUUAAUCGCUUCCCUUCCGACCACAGCGCAUUUUUGAGCUACCCUCAAGCACUAGGCUCGUGGUUCAUCCAGACCAUAAUCAAAUGGCAGGAUGACUCGGUGAACAACUCUAGUGGGACUAGUGAUACUCGGUAA